CCGCUUCUUCUUCAGUUCCCCGGGAGCGCGAGGCGGCGGCGUUGCAGCAAUUCGGUCCUUUCUUUCCUUUUUAACACAAAAAGCGCUACUAUUCCAAUUUAUUUCUUAGGCGCUGCUGCAGCGGAGAGCUUAGCCCCAGACCAACAAAAUGUCCAUCCUCAAGAUCCAAGCCCGUGAAAUCUUCGACUCCCGUGGGAACCCCACCGUUGAAGUAGACCUCUUCACCAAGAAAGGUCUUUUCCGAGCAGCUGUCCCCAGCGGGGCAUCAACUGGCAUCUAUGAAGCCCUGGAGCUUCGUGACAAUGACAAGACGCGGUUCCUGGGGAAAGGUGUCUCAAAAGCUGUAGAGCACGUGAAUAAAACAAUUGCACCCGCGCUCGUUAACAAGAAUGUAAGUGUGGUGGAGCAAGAAAAAAUUGACAAGCUGAUGAUUGAAAUGGAUGGAUCCGAGAACAAGUCUAAAUUUGGUGCAAAUGCAAUUCUGGGAGUCUCCCUCGCCGUGUGCAAGGCUGGUGCAGCGGAGAAGGACAUCCCUUUGUAUCGCCACAUUGCUGAUCUCGCUGGGAACAAAGAAGUUAUUCUGCCGGUCCCUGCUUUCAACGUGAUCAACGGUGGCUCUCACGCUGGGAACAAGCUGGCAAUGCAGGAGUUCAUGAUUCUUCCUAUUGGGGCGGAGAGCUUCAAGGAAGCCAUGCGCAUCGGUGCGGAGGUGUACCACAACCUAAAGAAUGUCAUCAAGGAGAAGUAUGGCAAAGAUGCCACCAACGUGGGUGACGAAGGGGGCUUUGCCCCCAACAUCCUGGAGAACAAGGAAGGUAAUUUGCUUUGUGUAGAGACAGCCAGGACCCCAACCUGGAUUGUUAGGUUUUGAG